AUGGCUUCUCACGAUGAUGAUACCAUGCCCGAGGAGACUCAGGGCUACAAGCUCUCCCAGCCCAAGCAGAGUCUGGCUGAGUACCAGCAGAUGGACGCUGGCGAUGAGUCCCUGCAGCGAUACAAGGAGUCCCUCGGUCUCGGUGGUGGCACCGACAUCUCUGACCCCAACGACCCCCGAGUCUGCAUCAUCCUGUCCCUGACCAUGGACUCUCCCGGCCGCGACCCCGUCACCAUUGACCUCUCCACUCCCGGCAGCGAGAACACCCUCAAGGACAAGCCCUUCACAAUCAAGGAGGGAGCCAAGUUCACCAUGAGCGCCAAGUUCAAGGUCCAGCACGAGAUCCUCAGCGGUCUCCACUACGUUCAGGUCGUUAAGCGAAAGGGCAUCCGGGUCUCCAAGGACUCUGAGAUGAUUGGCAGCUACGCUCCCAACACUGACCGACAGACCACCUACGAGAAGAGAUUCCAGGAGGAGGAGGCCCCCAGCGGCAUGCUCGCCCGCGGCCACUACAACGCCGUUUCGAGCUUCGUGGAUGACGACAAGAAGAAGCAUCUUGAGUUCGAGUGGAGCUUCGACAUUGCCAAGGACUGGUAG